AUGACUACCUCUGGUGUGGCGUUCUCAGGUGGUGGUAUUCGGUCAGCGGCACUAUGCUCCGGUGUGCUGCGCAGACUACUUCAAAAAGAGACUAUUCCAGACUACCUCAGCUGUACUUCAGGGGGCGGUUACACAGGCACAGCUUAUCUGGACUGGAAAUACCGGAAUGAGCAGAAAGACGAUCCAAAAUGGCAUCGGGAAUUCUUCGCAAACAUGCGUAGAAGAGUCGGAAUUAUUUGUGAUUGGCAGAAACCUCUGCAGGGGAUCUUAGAUACCUUUACACUUCUCUUUCUUCUCAUAUUAGUGGUAAUCAUUCUUCCAGUCUCCAACUGGUCUGGUUUUGCUUUUCCUGUUGCUUUCAUCAUUGAUUGCUUCUUCGGUUAUUUGAUGAGAAUUCCUUUUACCUGCCCCGAUGAAGAAAAACACAAUUUCACCAAAGCUGAACUUGUGGAAAAUCCCGCAGCCUCCGUGCUUUUCAAUAUGACAGAAACAGUCGAAUGCGUCCCCAAAUUCGGCCCUGAAAUGUAUUCUACGAUCAUUACGUUUGCUCUCCUUUUUUUGUUGUUUCUUUUCUUCCUUGUCAUCAAAAAAGUGGUGGGUCCAUCUUUAAAACCGUUUGCCAGCUUCCUGUCUAACUUCUCAGGGUUCGUGUUUGCGAUGGUUUUUUUCCCGUGGUUCAUAGAAGAGUUUGUGGUUGUGACUCCUUAUUGGCUGAAUGCUAUGAUUUUAAUUCUGAGCAUUUUUUUAUGGCUUGGUAUACCACCGCUCAGAAACAAAGCUUCUUUAGCAGUGGCUGUCUAUUGUUAUGCAUACGCUGUUAAGUGGAGAGUCUAUAAAACAGAAGUCCUCUCUGUAAAAUACGACGAAGUUACAUUUUAUAUCCUAAUAUGGAUCUCUGGAAUAUUAAUCUGGAUCCAUCCUUUACUGGGUGUGUUUCAGAGAAGUGCUCUCCAUGCUUACAACAGGUAUUGACGAUAGUAAUUAUAGUAACGUUAACGACGAUAGUGACGAUGACAUGACGUUGACAAUGAUUGUGACGAUGACAAUAACAACAAAGACGAUAAUGAUGACGAUGGCAAUAACGAUGAUGAUGAUAAGAAUGAUACUUGUGGUGAAACUGAUAAUUUAAGGAUGAAUUUCAGUUUAUCAAAUUGUCUUGAUGGUGCCUUUUUGUUGAGUAUUAGGGUUUGAUAUACAACUAUAGAGUAACCCGUGAAUCAGACCAAGUGCUCUACACAACUACUUUAUUAGAAUGCCAUGAACUUAUUCAUAAGAAAUGAUAUAUAAGGAUAAUCACGUGACUGCGGUCAAGUGUGUGUGCUAAUCAAUAAAAUGAAGAUUAUUUAAUAGCUUAGUAAAGGUAUUUAUAUCCAAAUAUAGGAAGAAACACUACACUUCUUUCGUCAAUUCAAAAGUAAAACCUCUGAGAUACGAUGAAACGCCAUGGAAAAAUAGUAAAACAAUAGCAAUAUACCAACCAAAAUGUCACUUUCGUUCAUAUGGUAUCUUUCGUUCAGAUCAUCGCAUGCAAGAGAAGACCACAAGGGCUCAAAUAUUUUUAUGUAUUUCUUGUUGUAAAAAUACGUUAUAGACUAAAAAAGUGUUAAACUAGAACAUGCUAGACAAUUUGAGGAGAUUUCACCGCUUCUUGAGCCUAUUUCAGAGUGAUACACCAUUUUGGUUCACUACUUUGUUGCAUCGACUUUCAUUUGAUUUCAAAACUGUUGACUGUCUAGACUAGCUCUCUUCUUGUUCUUCUCUUUUUAAGGAAAUGUCUGCGUUCGUACAAGUAUCCUUUAAAAGAGAGGUCAUCUUAAGUCAAUUAUUGAAAUGAUACUUGUCCUUUUCAAGGUGGCGACUCCAGAGAGCGUUUUACUCUCCCGAGACUACUUCGUCCACGUUUUGUUCCGGAUUCACGUGUCAAGACUUCAUUCCUUUGUUUACGUGCUGUUCACUUGCUGAGAGAUUGAAUCGACCUUUGACCCUUGACGAUCUGGCUGGCAUUUCACCUGAAUACAUCUGCAAUACGACUGUCCAUGAAUGGAGAGUUCCCUCUUCACAUAGGUAACAGGAAUUCAACCAAUUUAUCUUAAUAAAUAAUACAUGAAAGAUUAAAACAGGAGUGUUAGUGACUAAAUGUCAAAAUUUUCACUUGAAAAAGGAUUUGACUUAGGCUCACUGAUUCCUUGAUGCUUUGAAUGUUAGGAUGAAAGUUACCGCUUUAACAUUUCCUCAGGUUUCAAACGCGGUCUGAACUCAAGAUCGGGUGUGGUCUUGUAUUAUCUUGCAUAAUCUUAACCGUGAAAUCAUUGUCUUCGCGGAACAAUAUUGUCGCUGUGAUCAGUCGCAAGAAUUCAAGCUAGUUUUACGCAGUAGACACUCAAAGCGACUUGUAGAGGACCUGUCCUGAGAUGUGCUGGCCGGUGUUCACUUCUCAGAAUUCGAUAAAACUGAUUCCCUUUUCCUGAACUCUCCCUCCAAGAAAACGUUCCACGUCUUAUGGAAAUUGUUUUGUUUCUCCACUAGAGGAUCUUCGUACGAGCUAUUUAGUAUGGCGCCCUCCAGAAUUGAAAGAAUUGACAAUACACGGGGAGCAAAACAGUUCGAAAGCAGGCUCCAUCCUGCAGAUAUUAAGUUAGUAGAUGCCAUGGCAACUUCAGCAGCUGUAGUGUCGUAUCGAAUGGGGGAGUACACCCUUCAACAAUUACAGAACUUACAGAUUAUGCUUGGAAUAGGGAUGGGGGCAGCUAUUAAAACUGAAUCCAGAUGUCGGGGAUGCUUUUCAAGGGUAUGUUACAGUUUAUACUGGUAAACAUAAUUCACUAAACGUGAUAUCCAUAGUAAGUCAGUGAAACAAAUAAGUAAAUGAAGCGGUCGUUGGACAAUAAUGAUCAAGGUCAAGGAAGAAGGUGAACAUCCAGCGAUUUCUUCCCCUCAACAAAUUAAGAAAAAAGGAUCUGUAAUGAUUUAGAGACUGUCGGGUAAAGAGGGUUUUACCCUUAGAAAAAUAUAUAUUUUUAAACAAGCCUUACAAUUUUAUUUGACUUUGGAAGAAUGAUCCUUGAGCAGCAAAUGAUUGACCAGCACUCUCUUUCCUUCCAAUUGUUCCCAGUUUCUCGCUGUUCUCACUCAUCUUGUUCUGGCACUUCCCAUAUUGUUGCUACCUUUGAUACCAAUCCUGGGCGGAAGUGAGGUCUGGAACGAGAGAGCCGUCAUCUUCUUUCUCGUGUUCUUCUGCGUGUCGACGCUGAUUGCCGUCAUGCCCACGGGCGCUGAAAAUCCCAGAUGCUGGGAACAUUUUGUAAGGUAUUGUUAACCUGACCGAAAAAAAAAAAAAACCUGAGUUGUUUCAAGCUUUUCGAGAUCAUCCAGGCUCGGAAUACUAACGAAUAGGGGGAGAGAAAUCGUCUAUGAUAUGUGGAACUUGAGCUUAGUGGCAAACUGUUCGCAUGGUGACAUAAAAGAAUGUUAAUCGACUAGAAUAAGCGAAAAAUCUUGAAAAUAUUUUUUGAGUCGCCCAUAAAACGCUUCACAUUGUAACUUACAAUUAUAUAUUACGGUACAAUGCUUAUCAAACAUGACAAUCUAUGAGAAGCCAACACUUAAGUUGUACACUUCUUUUUCUGUAGGUGGUGUAUCAUCAACGUGUAUCAUGUCAGGGUCAUCCGGGAACUUUUGAGGGUAGACAAUGUCGGUCCCACUCCCCCUUCAAUUCUUUACCUGAGUGACGGAGGCCAUAUUGAAAACCUGGCCCUUUUAUCUUUACUGAAACGGAGGUUAAAGAAGAUCCUGGUGGUCGAUGGGGGAAUUGUAGAAAAGGAUUCGGGAGUAGCAAGAGAUCUGCUCAUUUCCCUGGAACAGGCUCGACAAAAACUACGAUGUUCAUUCUUAGGAAUGGGUGGAAGAGAUGUAAUCGAAGACAUCAGAGCAAAGGUAAUCGAUAAGCCAAUGGGAAAGAGACCGAGGAGUUAUCAAUUUAAAGUGGAGUAUUACGAUUUAAACGAAGAUGGGGAAGAACAGAAAGUUGGUGACGGAGAAGUGCUUUAUAUUCUUCCACGUCACCCAAAUGAUGGCCUCCCGGGAGGGCGAAAGAGCUGGGACGAGUUGAAUGAUCACAUUAAAACCGAUAUCGAGUCUGGCCUAUGGGGGACUGGACCUGAUUUGGAACCAGAAGAGGUGGAGCGCCUGACGUUUUGCCUCUUUGAAUGCUGUCAUUGCUCUAUUUUGAAAUGUUUAUCAAGUUCUCUUUGUGGUAAAUUCCCGUAUCAUUCUACAGUCAACCAGUUCUUCACGCCUGCCCAGUUUUCAGCGUAUCAUCGGGAGGGCUAUCGCGCCUGUAUGGAGGCCCGCGCGACCGAGUUUCUAAAAGGAUCUAAGGAAAUCUCAGAAGAAUAG